AUGCCGCUGCACGCGGGCGGGCUUGGGCUCUCCUCUGCCGCAGCCACCAAGUGGCGCCUCAAAAAUCCCGGCGCGCGCCAACACCCGCAUUCGCAGUGCCCAAGCGCUGCCAACGGUAAACGAACGGACGGCGAAGAGGACGGCGGAGCGGAGGCGCAGAAGGGUGCAGAUGCGUGGCUAGCGGAGAAGGGGGCGGGGGGGACGGCGCAAGGGAGUGGCGCGCGAAUGGGGAGAGGGCUUCGUGGAGGGGGACCUGGAGUUAAGCGGAAGGGCUGGCAGAGGGCACGUGGAGGGGUGCGCGGUGGGGAGAGGAGCGGGAACGUCGGCGGGUGUGGGAUGGAUGGGCAGAGUGAUACGGGAUUGGGUAGAGGGGCGAAUGAAAGAUGGGAUGAUGAGAUGGAGUUAGACAUGGUGUGGGGCGACGACGAUGACGACGAUGAGAAGGACAUGGAGAGGAGCGGAGGAGGGGACAACAGUGGAGCAAGGAAAGGCUGGGCACACAGUGGAGGGAGUGGACGAGAGGGAAGCGAGGAUGUGAUGCGAAUGGAGGACGAUGGAAGUGUGGUGGCUUCUGACCGGUUGCAAGGCGUGCCCAUUCCACCCAAGCGCAGGUCUCUUGGAGGAGGAGGUCGGCAGUCCUCUGCAUCCCUGUAUGGCGCGGGGUCCGGCAGUGGCAUGCGGCCGCGCAGCCAAUCAGAGGCGGACCUCACCACGCUGCGGAUGAGGCACAGUGCGGGUAGCGGAGGGGGGAAGGAGGGCUCGUGGCGCGAGCAAGGCGCGCACGCGCGUGGGGAAAAAGGGGUGAAGAGAGAGGGGGACAUGGACGUGGAUGCGGGAGUGCAAUGGAAUGAGGAAGACGAUUUGCUGAUGGAUGGAGGAGGAGGGAGGAGGGGACAGGAAGGGAUGAGAGAGGUGUGGAUAGAAGAAGGGGGAGACGAUGAGGCUGGGGGAGGGGAGGAAGAUGUAGUUGAGGUUGAGGAGGAGAAGAGAGCAGGGGAGGAGGGAGAAGAAGAGGAGGAGGAAGGUGACGAGGAUAGGCAACUGGAGCUACUACAGCAUGUGCCCAGUGGUCACCGGGACCUUGUGCUUCUCACCAUGCCCUCGCCUCACUAUCGCGCACUCACUACCCCCUCCGGUGCUGCUGGUGCUGGCGCCGUGGUGGGGAAGGGUACGCGGGAGGACGAGGUGGGGGAGGGAAGGGGGGAGCGAGUGGGCAUGCAUCGAGUCGCCAGCGAUGGCAGCAUAUGGAGGGCUGGGGGGAGGACGGGUGGAAUGGCGAGGGCAGGGAUGGGAGAGGGAGAUGUGGACAAGGGUGGGAUGAUGGGGGCGAGAAAGCACGGUGGGGGAGUUGGCGUGGGAGGCAGAGAGCAUGCGGCAGUUGCGACUUUGGCAGAGUACGGCACUCUCCCUUUCUUUCCGAAAUCUCUUUCUCGUCAUCAGCACUCCACUCUCAAUAUGCUACCCAUGAAAGAUGCAACGUCAUGUUUCUUCGAGUCGGUUGAGCUUGCCUCUGUUAUGCCUCUCCCUCUUCCCUCCCUCACACAGGGCUGCUGUGUGGAGAGCAUGUUCCGCAGCAAGACGUUUCUCCAAGCAGUCAAGAACUUCCAGAAGCUGCUCGUGCAGGGCAUGUUUGACGCAUCUUCCCUGCCCGCAGACACAGCGCAGCUCUUCUCCUCCCUCACCUCCACCACGUGCCUUGACCUCUCGUCCUCUGGCUGGUGGCAGCGCUGGGGCCAGGCUCAUGCCUCCUCUGCUUCCGUCUCUCCCGCGCCACCACCUGCACCACCACCACCCACACCAACCCCACCACCGCCACCACCGCAACCAUCACCUCCACCACCAACACCACCUGCAGCUUGUUCUGCUGCCGCUACUGCUACUGUGAUUCCUCCUAGUGUGUCUGCAGCAGCUGCUGCUGCCGCUACUGUUUCUGCUGUUGCUUCUACGCCUGCUGCUGCUGUUGUUGCUCCUUCCACCAUUUCGCCUGCACCUGCUCCUGCGGCAGUGGAUUCACGCGCAUCCGCCUCUCGGUCGGCUGCACACACUCCUGCUGCCCUCCCUGCCCUUUCCACUGCUGCAAUCAAUGCACGUGACAGCACUGCUGCUGGUGCUGCCAGUGGGGCUGGUGCUGACAGUCCGUGUGGUGCUCCCAGCGCGAGUACCGCUGGUGCUGCUGCAGCACAUGGACACUCAGGAGGCAAAGGCGUGUCGCCAUCUCUCGGGCAUCCUCGCUCCGUGCCAACACCAUCAGGUCCUUCUCCUAACAUGUCAACAGUGCCAUCGUCUUCACCCAGUGCCGGCUUUGCUCUACGCAAAUGCACCACUGCUACUGCCUCUACGACUGGACCUGCUGCAUGCAGCAGUAUGGGCAAUGGAGUGGCAGCAGCUGAUGCGGCCGCCAGAGGGUUCAGUGGAGUGUCUGGGUCUCAGAAGAAGCCACCACUGGGCGCACAAGCAAUGGCAGCAGCACCAGGCGUGGGAGCUGGACACAAGACUCAGAGAAUCCCUGCUGCCACAGCUACUGCUGCCGUUUCUAUUCCUGCUGUGUCUGCCACUACUGCUUCCCGUGACCCCUCGCAUUUCGCCCUGUCGGCCAACUUCUUCUCGGGGUCCUCCCUACUAUCUGCCUCCCCUCCCACUGGGACCACCACUCCUUCCCCUCCUCCUUUCCACGCCUCCUUCCUCCCCUCCAACAGCACUCGCCCAUCCUCAUCCUCCUCUCCUGUUUCGUUCCCCCGGGUCAACCAGUCGGCAUCAGUAACACCUGCUGCUGCUGCCCCAUCAUCCCAUGGGGCCAACACAGUGAGCGAUGCUGGCAAUGAAGUGUGUUUUGAGUAA